AACGGUGAUUUAUAGAGUUGCAGGAGUUAACCAGCAUUCCUUUAUGACAUGUCUCUUGCAUAAUGGUCUUAAGAUAUAAACAAAGUGAGAGUCUCCACAGCUCUCCCCAUGUAUGGAUAUGCAGCAGUUCAGUCUAAGUGUUUGUAAAGCAGCUGUGAGUGGGACUUAGUCUCUGACACUCACAUUUAUUCUGUCAAACAGAUCCAUCUCAGCCUGUUCUGUUUGUUUAAAGCCACUCAGUAUCCCAGGAUAAUGCCUGUGUUGUUAGGACAAUGUUUCUCUUAUCUGCAACAUUAGACUCUAAUGUACGCUUUAACCCUUCAAUCACCGUCCGUGUGUGUGCGUGUGCACGCGUGCGCACCGACCGCGCGUAACGUCACUGCAGACUCAAACCCGGGGCGGCUCCUCGUCCACAAACUGACCCGACCUGGUCCACUGUAAUCGGAACUUCCGAUUGAGAUGAUUACCUCCUGAAUUUCCUGACAGCUUACAAGAGCAGUUUUGGUUUCACACGCUCUGCACGGUCGCCGUGGUGAGUAUGCACUUUAUAUUUCAACUUUUAUUAUGGUUAAGAGCAAUAAGGACCAGGAUGAUAUUGUCUGCUCGUGGGAGUGCAACUGUUCAUGCACACUAUGAAACUCAAAUAGUCGAGACGUUUGUCUUCAGUUUGUAUUUUCAAGAUAGUUUUGUUCUUUUUGGAAGACCAAGUUGAUCAGGGCUAGUGAAUACUCAUCUGAACACUUUGUUGUAUGUUGUAUCCAGUCAUAAUUCUACACUGUUCUUUAGCAAUAUGUAUCUAAAUUAAAAGUGAAAAUACUUUGUAGUUUCACAUUUUUCCACAAACAAACAUACAGAACUUAUUUCACAAUCGUUUAAAACAGAAAAAGCAGCAACUUCUCACUGAUUAGGAACUACAUCCAUAACUCUGAAUAAACCACCUUUUAAAAAUUGCCCUGUUGUAUUUCAAGUUUAAGCCAGUUGAAUGUUUAAGCUCCACUGACAUGUAAGUUAAUCAAAUGAAUUGUAUGUAAACUAGAGAGUUGCUCAGUCUCUCAUUAAUAAAGCACGUAGUUUGGUGUUAUUGUUUUCUCAUUGUGUCAUACAUAUAUUUAUAUUCCCAGGCCACAUGGACUUUACAUGACACUAUGAAUUUGUACAGUUUGGGGUCAGAGUGCAUGUUAAGGGUUUUCAGUCUCAUGAAAAAGGAGAAUAAAUUCAAAACAAAAUAAACACAAAUUAAACACGGUCUUCUUGUCUAUUUGCAGAUGUAUUAGAUAAAUAUAAGUUUAAACACAAGAAUCUAACUAUCUUCCUCAAAUUUAAGCAAGUGCUCAUCUUUUAUAGAUUUACCAUUACAGCACAGAAUACACAGAGCCUUAGAAAUAUAGUGUAUUCACCUUGACAAAAGCUUACUGAAGCUCUUUUUUGCCCAUGGAGAGUUACGUUUUUUUGUUCCAUAAGUUUUUUCCAUGUAUUCUGCUAUCAGAUCAUUUCACAUUUUAUGGUACAGACCCUGGUAUCUUACCUAUAUCCUCCUGAUUUGUUGGGAUUUCACAAAAUAUAUGAACCCCCAGAAAGCAUCAUAUAUAUGUGUAGCUCUACUCUGUGCAUUUAAACUUCACACCCCUGCAGAUUAUUACAAGAUGGGGGGAGACACAUGAAUCAUAGGUCAUGAACCCUGCAAGAAAAAAACACAAAUGCUCUUGUGUCCCAAUGUUUUUCUAAAUGAGCAUUUGUACUGGUCAAACAACUGCUCUUAGUAUAGCUUAAGAAAUGCAUUUGUGUUGUUCCUCUCUCUUCCAGGAUCUCAGAGUGAAAUACUCAAAGAAAUAUUAGAGAGCUCACACAGGGCUGACUUUCAGACUGAAUCGCACUUUUUUCCUCAGGACUCACAAAUAAGACUUUUUUUUUUUUUUUUUAAAGGAUGAAAUCUUCUCCUGGUCGGGAUUAAUGAUGAUUUAUGUCAAAGAGAUAAAAACAAGAUGAGACAAGCAGAAUUUUUUUUCAUAAAAUUUAGAAGAUAAAAGUAAAAGAAAUAAAAGAUGAUAAAAACUCUCAAGUACCUCCAAAUAGUGCUUGAAGCUCCUGUGAGGAACUUUUUGUUUGUGUCUUAUUGUGUCAUAUAUUUCCUUUACUUUGGUGACAGCUCUCCUUUUGCAACACUUUCAGGCAUCAAUAAUACUAUGCAGAAAUUCUCCGUCUUCUUGCUAGUGUUCUUGUUUGCCUUUGCAGGUCAUAAAAAGGCAUUACUGUCAAUUUCAGCCUGUUUAAUACCCAGUAAAAAAAAGUCCUCACAGGAGCCUUGUGAAAAUAUACUCAAGUGACAUUUCAGGACAGCACAAAUGUCAUGUCUUAGCUCUUUAAUCUCGUUUACUUUGUAGUUGUCUUUAUGUUUUAGGAAACGGUUCAGUCUGUAAUUUGUAAGUGAAGUUGUUUGCUUAUGUUUGGUAAUAGGAAUGUAGUGCUUUUAUCCCACCAGAUAUCACCCAACAUCAACUUUUCUGCUUUGGAGGGGAUUUCCUCUCAAGACUCCUUAUCUCGCUCCUUUGUUGCCUUUUUCAUGUUUAUUGCUUUUGGCAUCAGACUCUUUCUAAAAGGCCAUUUGUGGAUUUUGAUGUAAUGAAACAUGAUGCGCAACAUCUACGAUUUCUAUUUCUGUUACAUUUCAAACACCAUCCUCUUUCCCUCACAGUCUAGUUACUCACUAACGUUGUUUAAAACACAAACAUUCCUGCGAUCUGUGGAGACGCCUGCUGUGAAGACUCAUUGCGUGACAGCUACAUCCUGCAUUUAAAAGCAGUGUGUGUUUCAAAGUGAGCCUUCAAAUACUCUCCUAUUUUUUUGCAGGAUAAAAUGGCGAUGAUUUGGGGGGUCAUCUUUCUGUGCAUGCUCCCAGCUGCAACCCCUCAGGGUGUGGAGCCCCGUGGACCUCGGCCAAUACCUGGAGCAGGUGACAAACCUGCACCGACUGAACCUGCAAUUACAGAUUGCAUAAGUAAGUGUGAAAAAGAUAUUCUUAGACAGAUAGUCACCGGACAAUCAAUUCAAUCUAAUUCAAGUAUCCAAUCCCACCAGUGAGUACAACAAGGCAGUAAAGACCUUUCCAUCCAUAUUCUGUCCUUCAGCUGGUAUUGUGGAUUGUCCAGUCAAGGUGUUUUUCACCAUCGACACCUCAGAGACCAUCGCCCUGCAGGAGGCCCCACCAGGAGAGCUGGUUAAUAGAGUGAAAGAAUUUGUGAAGGCUUUUGCUGAGAGACUGAAUGAUGUGGAGUACAGGGGCCAAAUCAGGAUCAAAUGGUCUGUAGGAGGCCAGAACUUUUCCCAGGAUCAGCACGUCUUCAGCCAGUUCACAAAUAAAGACACCUUCAUCAGGAACGUCGACCAGAUCGUAUACAAAGGAAAAGGCACCUACACCGACUGUGCCAUCAAAAACAAGAUCCAGCAACUGACCCAGUACCGCACAGGGAUGAGGGAUGUCCUCUUCUCUGUGUUCAUCACAGACGGUCAUGUGACAGGAAGUCCAUGUGGAGGGAUGAAGGCGAUGUCAGACAAAGCCCGAGAACAAGGAAUCCUUACUUUCUCAGUGGCAGCGUCCAGGAAAAUCGAUGAGAUAGGGAUGAAGGAGAUAGCCAGCUCUCCUGUUGAACUGUACCGGGAUGAAUACUUAGCUGUGGAUAUCGGCAGUGGAGGGAGAAUAGUGACAGAAUCCAUCAAACGUAUCUUAGACGUGAUGGUGACUAGAAUCUUUUUUUUCUUUCUGCUUUAUUUCCUUCAAUUCUGAAAGCAUUUCUAAUACAGCAUCAGAGUAAAGAUCUUUUUCAGCCAACAUUGUUUUCUUUUUUCAGAAAUAUCAAGCCUAUUUAAAGGUGAGUUGUUAUUAUUCAUAAAAAAGGAAAAGUUGGUCGAGUUUAUAUUUCCACAGUUUUAUCUCAAACUUGAUUUGAUAUUGUUUCUUCUAGUGUUACAAGCCCAAGUGCUCAGAGGUUCCUGGGAUCCCUGGACGAAAAGGGUCCCCAGGUCAAAAAGUGAGUAAAAUUUAAAUAUAAAGAAAAAACAACUUCUAUUUCAGAUUUUAUGGAAAAUCUCUUGUUAAAAUAAUAUUUUGUCUCAUUUUCAGGGAGUGAAAGGAGACAGGGGUCAAAUUGGGCCAAAGGGUCAAAGGGGUAACCCGGUAAGUAGAAGAAAAAUUAUGAUCACUUCUUAAGAAGUCUUUAACAACUUACCUUUGUGAAGAAAAUUCUAAAUAAAAUCUGUGAUAUUGCAGGGUGAUCCUGGAAUUGAAGGUCCAAUUGGAGCACCUGGUCCUAAGGUUUGCUGAGGCCUUACCGCUGUUUCUGCUUAAAAUUUUAGUUAUCUGUUAUAUCUUGGGUGUCUUUGUCUCUUGUUUAUUUCUUUUUGUUCUCUGAUACAGGGUACAAUUGGUUUUAAAGGUGACAAGGUGAGACUUUAUACUUACAGAACUCAUUAUUCCUCCUCUAUAAUAAAGCUGAGGGAAUUACUGUUGGGACUAACGGCUCUGCUUUCUUUUACAGGGUGACAUCGGAACAACUGGUUCAAAGGUAAAGUGGCUUUAAUAUUCUGCCUGUUUGCAGCGUUUUUACUUUAUCCUAAUCUCUUCUAAUCUUCCAAUGCUCAAAUUUUCAGGGUGUGGCUGGAGAACCUGGAAGGAACGGCACUGACGGUCAAAAGGUGAAUCUUCCUGUGACAAAUGAAAAGUAGACAUUUAACCAUGACUGUGACAUUUUCCCUGAAUUAACAAAAUUAUCUUGGGUGAUCAUCAGGGCCGAAUGGGCCGAAUUGGAGCUCCUGGUUGCAAAGGAGAUCCAGGUGACAAAGUAAGUCCAAUAGUUUAAUGGAUAUAUUGUGAUCUGGAUUUUCUGUCAGAAAGGCCUCUACUAGCCAAAAUGAGAAGUUAUAUUUUUUGCAUCAUGUAUAGUUUCUGUUAUUACCCUGUCAUCUCAUUUUAUAUUUAUCCUGUAAAGAUAAUAAUUUAUUUCCAAUUCGAAGUGCUGUAUAGCUGUAAAGUUUGGUACUUGGUACUUAAUUGUUGGUGUGGUUAAAUUCUACCAGCUUGUGAAAUCAAUCACUAUUAUGAAUAGUGUGCAUGUGUGUUUUUUUGUCAUUUUGAUCAGUUCUUCUAUAAAGUUGUUGAAACUGUACAGAGUUUAGAUGUAAGAUUUUGAUUUCGUCUCCAAAAGGGGCCUGAUGGUUUCCAUGGAGAUGUUGGUGACAAUGGGCCCCCUGGGGACAACGGAGAGCGGGUCUGUAUUAAAUCACAACUUUUAUUAUUUUUGAGUGUAAGACACAGUGCUGAAUCAAACCAUCACUAAUUCUGUGGUUGUACGUUGUCACAACAGAUAACAUACAUGGAGUUACUAAACCUGUGUGAGUUUAGCAUACAUGCUAACAUUUUGGAACACCAGAAAAAAGUGGGGUGUUUUCCAAAGUUAUAAAAUUCAACAUCAUUGGGGUGUAUGUAUCAGAAACAGUGCACAGAACCCUAGUCAAACAUUGUAUUAUUAUUUCACUCUGAGUUAAGUUGCUGUAAUGAUCCUGUUUCAUUGUAAAAACCCCUGAUAAGUAUGCAUGGAUGCUUGUAUUUAACAUGGUUGUGGAAAAUAUGUAUUUCCAUUUUUGGCAAUGUUCAGUGUUUCCUGUCUGAACCUGAAUUAGUGAACUUUAACUUCUGUCACUAAGGGGCUCCCCAGCUUUGCUAGUUUUCUAGACCUAUUUGUGUUUACAAUGCUAACAUAACUAUGAAGUCUCAGCUGAACCACUGAGCAUUGCAAAUGUGAUUUGUUUCAUUGGUCUUCUCUAGCCAGACAUGAGCGAGCAAUCAAAGUACUUUGUACAGUUUUAAUUAUCCAAAUAAGUAAACUGGAAGUAGCCAUGCUGGGGCGAAAGGGAUGACUCACUAGCAUGUUUGUUAGCCGAUCAGUCCCACUGUAACACUUAAUGUCCAGCAAAGAGUGCCUUCAACCUGAUAAUUGCUUACCUAAAAUUUACUUCUGUAUGUCAGUCACAAUGUUUAAUUUCCUCUUGAGCCUACAACAUGAUUAUUAAUCAAGAAAAGGACUUUCAUUUGGUAAUUAUUAAUGCUAUUGGUCAUAUUUGUUUUUUGGGGGGGUUAUUUAGGGAGCCCCAGGCCUCCCUGGAAGGCCAGGCCCCCCUGGUUCUGAGGGUAACAUUGGAGUGAAGGUAAUCUUUUCAAUUUGAAUAUCACAGAAAACCCAUCUGAACAUGAAGAUUGUUGUUACUGAAAAGACAACCUCUAAGAUGAAUUAUUGUCACUUAGGGUGAAACAGGAAAUCCUGGAAAUCCAGGGCCACCAGGAAGAAAGGGAGAUAAGGUACCAAGCAAAUUUAUUCAACCGUAAAACAUCGAUAAUAACUAUGGGUCAACGUAACGGAGUCGACAUUACGAUAACAAUGUUUCUCUUCACAGGGGAGUCUUGGAGGUCCUGGACCAAAAGGCUACCCGGUAUUUGGAAAAAAAUUGUCACAAAUCUAAAGAAAUCAAGAAGAUGCUAUCAACUAUGAUAAAUGACUGUAUAUAAAAUAUUUACAGGGAAGGAGAGGAAAUGCUGGAAAAAAGGGAGCACAAGGUUCAGAAGGCCGUAAAGGAGAGAAAGUAAGUUCAGAGCUCAGAAAGUUCUUUUACUUAUAGAAUUUAUUCAAUAUAUUAGUAUUUAUACCUAAAGGGGACAGCCAUGGUCAUAUAAUUAAUGAUAAUGUUUUUUGGUCAUUUAUACGGUAAUCUCCUUCACUUACAUCCAAUAUGUCAGAAUACACUGAGAGAGUUUGUCCAAGUUUAGCAUGAACUGGUGAGAAAUGUCAAGAUCAGAGCUCAAAAUAUUUGAGACUUGGACCUUAAAAACGUGUUUUUGGCAGUGAAAAACUGAAGUUUAAUUAUUAACAUAUUCAUAUUCUUUACGUUUUGAAGUGUUAAGAUUCAUAAAACAUAAUUUUAACAUACCUAAACACUUAUUAAUGUGUGUUUUUCCAUACUUUUACAAGAACACAUGGAAACAUACACAUUGAAAGAGAACGAUAGAAACACUGACAAAUCAGACUGGACUCUCAACAGCUUGAAAGAGUCCGGUCUCAUGGGAGUCAAAGCUCUCUGCGGGGCGUUAUUUUUACAGUAAAGGAUUGCAAACACUGUCUGACUCACAAUAGUUGGACUCUGUUCAUGCAACAGGCCAUUUCUUAACAGAAUUCUGUGGAAAUCUAUUUCAUCUGAUUGGUGAUUAAUUGUGCAGUGCAGAUCCUGACAUUUACGUUUUUUUCCCAGGGAGAACGAGGGUCAUUCGGAGACAGAGGUCGAUCUGGGGAGGAUGGACUCAAAGGCUCAAAGGUAAAAGGAUCAUGCAGUGGGUGGAUCCUGGCAAACGGUUAGUUCAGCAGUUUCUUAGACAGAAAUCUUAUAAUGCGAGUUUAGUCCUCAUGUUCUGGGUGUCUUGCCAAAAUAGCUGCAGCCAAGCCUGUUAUCAUAACAACACAGUCUCCCAACUUACACAACCACACAAAGUGUCUCACAAAGAAGCCUGAACUAUGCGUGGCUAAGUUAACAUCAGUAUCAGUAAGUUUCAGUAUGUUGUUGGAGUGAUGGUGAUCUCAUGAGUGAAGCAUUUUAUCUCUUUUAGGGAGACCCGGGACUGCCUGGACCAAGGGGUCAUUCAGGAGAACCAGGGGGCCCUGGAGAAAUUGUGUGUACAUACAUAUUGAUAUCAUAACUAUCAACACUCUCGGCUUUUUGUCACUGUUGUAUUUUUAGUUAUACUUUGGAAAAUAUCUGCCUGAAUUGCAAUGGUGAUCCAAUGUUUCAUCAUAAGUGUCUUCUGUGAUUGUAGGGGAGUAAGGGAGAACCUGGAGACCCUGGACCCAGAGGAGACCCAGGGGAUCCAGGACCAAAGGUUGGGCAGACUUUUACAGCACUCUUCCCCUAAUAAAAAAUAUUUGAGAUUGAUUGUUUGAUUGUUUGUUUUUUCUUCAGGGUGAUAGAGGAAGACGGGGAUUCAGCUAUCCUGGACCCCGGGGACCCACAGUAAGGUUAUUCUCUUCAGCUUAUCAUAUUCAUAUUUGAGUCUGCUGACACCUCAAUUACUGUUUUAUUUUUAUUUUUUUAGGGCGAACCAGGUACUCCAGGUAAAAAAGGACUGCGGGGGGGAAGAGGUGAAUGUGGUGCCAAAGGAGAACCUGGAGAUAAAGGAACUCUAGGACUGCCUGUAAGAUUCACCGCUACAGCAUUUAUUAAUGAUCACUUUCUGGUCCAAGAUUUCCACCCUCACUCUGUCUAAACUUGUUGAAGCUUAGGAGUUCACAGCAUAAAAAAUUAUUUUGGCAAGUUUGAGAAUAGCUUUUUCUUUCAAAACAACUGGCCAGAGCGGUUAUUCCAAGGAAAACUCUUCAUGAGGCGCUCAGUGGAUUAUCUUCAGAAUCAGGACAUUGUUACGGGAAACAGAUGUUAUUGGAUAUUCCAGUGAAAAUGUGAUGGAUUUUGUUCUCAAAAAAAAAAAUAAAUAAAUAAGCCUAAUGGAAGUUCAAAUCUUGUAGGUACACAAAGUACAUCAGCUGAUCAAACCCAUUAAAUCUGCUCAGCAUAGAUAUUAAUGCACUAGAAUUAUUUAAGUGCAAAUAUAUCCUCUUUAAUUUGGCGUUAAAUGAGUCUUUAAAGAGUUCAUUAGAAAAUAAAUUUUCAUUCUUUAUUAAUUAAGCUGCUGAAAAAGCUGUUGAGUCACUAUUGUUCUUUCAGCUUGUUGCCUGAGUUGAGCAGAAUGAUGCAGGUUGUGACCACAUUACGAGCGUGAUUACAAACAGGGAGACCCCAUGCAAUAAUGGAUGCCUCCUUUCUUCACUUACUUAUACAUAGUUCUACCAUAUGGAUGUUAACAUGCUACAUUUCAAACCGUAGAUCUGAACUAAGAAUUAAAAUCAGGGGUUGGUUGGAUUAAAAAAAAAAAAUCAUUUUGACUCCAUCUAAUACCAGUAGUCUGGUUUUUGACUGUAAACCAACGCUCAGCCUCAAAAUAUGUACAUAAAUUAUGUUGAUUUCUCCAUAAAUUAUGUGUCAACUAACCAACACAAGACAGAACUUCUGGGUGUUACCCUGAAUCUUGAAUAAUCACAGACAAAGCAAACAGAUAAAGUAGCUGUUAAGAUGGGUUAUAGUGUAGGUGAAACUUAACAGGUAACUCAGACAUUGAUUCAGUCUCACCUGAUCGAGUGCCUCAUGAAUAAAAUCAAGCGAUGCAUAAGAGGAAUUCAAAUUUCCCUCAGGAUCAAUAUAGUAUCUAUCGAGUGUGAAGCUGUGGUGGACUCCAGGUAUGACAGUUAACUGAGAUCAUAAUCAAAUUCAAUUAAACUGAACUAUUCACCAGAUAAAUCACAGAGUACGGUGUCUCAUCUUACAGGAAGAGUUGCACACCAGCAGCCCCAGCCAGACUCAGAAACAGUCAUCAAAACUGUCAGACUGUUUUUAAAACAUCAUUAAAAAGAUAUUAAACAGGACUCCUUUGCAGAAUGACACAUCCGUGUUAAGGUUUAUGUGGGGCAGGAGACAGUGAGGAAGAUAAGAUCUCCACAGAAGAGCAAUAUUGUGCAGAGGUUAGUCAGCCCUCCUGGAAAAAAUGUGUUUUAAUUUUUUUUUUUCUUUGAACACAGGGGGAUCCAGGUCAGCCAGGUGAGCCAGGAAACAGAGGACCCAGCGGCGAACCUGGACCUGAUGUAAGCAACAGCAAAACCACUCAAAUGAUGACCCGACCAUGCAAGCAAAUUUAAGUGCUAACUGUAUUUCACUCUCUGCGUAGGGGGGAGAGGGGCCACAGGGCGAUCCUGGCCUCACUGUGAGUAACCUUUAUAAAGCACUACUUCUAUGCACACAAUGUGUUAUUUAUACAUUCCUGGUUUUUAGCUCUAUUUUAAGCUGCAUAUCUGUCACUGCAGGACUGUGCUGUCAUGACUUACAUCAGGGAGACUUGUGGUUGUUGUGGUAGGUGGAUAUCAUAAUAGACUACACUCAGCUCAGAUUUUCAGUUUCUACUGCAUACUGAUCCUGCUCUGUUUUUUUUUUAUCCUCUCAGACUGUGAGAAGCACUGUGGAGCUCUGGAUAUUGUUUUUAUAAUUGAUAGCUCAGAGAGUAUAGGGCUGACUAACUUCACCUUGGAGAAGAACUUUGUUAUCAACACCAUCAGCAGACUGGGAUCUAUGGCCAGCGACCCUGCAUCGCAAACUGGUACACUCAAUCAGAAACCAAAGCAGAGCACAGAUGUCCCCGCAAAUGCUUUCGCAGACGCGGUUUCAAGUGACAACAAGAAGAGGCAGAGGCUGCCAUAGAAGAUUAACAAUUUCCAAUGAGUGAAUCAUGUAAUCCAAAACUAAAUACACACUCACAGCCAAAAACAUUUGGACAGGACCUCAUGCUGGCAGCGCGCUCUUCAUUAAAACUGUGACUGCGCAGUGACGGCAGUUUGUAAGUGUUGUAUAUUUUCAGCCUUCAAGGUGUUACCAGUAAACAGUCAGACUGAAAACAAGCAUAAUUUACUUUCAGAGUGACGCAAGCACCGAGCCAAACAUCAGGGUGUUUUUUCCUUUCUAUUUUCAAUAAGCCAUUUUGAGUAUCAAACACAAAUGCAAUGAUUCACCUGCAAGAAUCAUCAACACUAUUAAGUUUCACUUUGCUUCACAGAAAGUGCAGGGACCACACCUUUUAGUACAAGUAGUCCUUUAAAAAAUACACAUCUAUGCGUGACUUUUUGUAUUUAUUACUUUUUUUAUUUUAGUACUUUUUGGAAACACCCUCAUUCUUACGUCUUUCUUCCAGGUACAAGAGUUGGAGUUGUCCAGUACAGUCACAACGGCACUUUUGAAGCCAUUCAUCUCAAUGACCCGAGCAUCAACUCUCUGUCAGCCUUCAAAACAGCUGUGAAGAAUCUCCAGUGGAUCGCUGGAGGCACCUUCACGCCUUCUGCUUUAAAGUUCGCUUACGACCACCUCAUCAAGGACAGCAAGAGAGCCCGAGCCAAGGUGUCCGUGGUGGUGGUCACAGAUGGCCGAUAUGAUCCACGUGAUGAGGAUCCUCUGCUCACUUACCUUUGCAACGACGACCAGGUGGUGGUGCAUGCCAUCGGGGUUGGUGAUAUUUUUAAAAAGGCGGAGGAUGAUGAGACCUUGGGGUCAAUUGCUUGUGACAGGAAGGACCAAGUUCAAACAUUCAGACUUUACACUGAGCUAGUGGCAGAGAACUUCAUAGACAAGAUGGAGACCGUGCUGUGUCCUGGUAAGGCUGCUCUUGCACUGAAACACAUUAGUGAUACUACUAAUCUUUAGUCUAACUCCUGCCCUCUUGAUGUCUUCAUAGAUCCGCAGAUCGUGUGUCCUAACCUCCCUUGUGAAAGUGGUGAGAGCUCUUCACAGCUUGAUUAUUUCUUACUUGCAGAAAUGGUUUGCAGCUCAGUGACUGAUUUGUUUCUGUUUUUAAAGAACCUGAUGUAGCUCCAUGUGUCCAGAGGCCGGUAGAUUUGGUUUUCCUACUUGAUGGUUCUGAGCGCCUUGGAUCUGAGAACUUCCGACAUGUCAAAGAGUUUGUCUCCGAGUUUGCGGAGCGGAUGGUGAUGGCCCGUACCAAGACUGACCGCGCAGGAGCCCGUAUGGCACUGUUACAGUUUGGGAAAGAGAAUGAGAACGCUGUCGCUUUCCCCCUCACACACGAUCUUGCUGUCAUUAUGGACGGCAUAGCCAACCUGACUUACUUUGAUUCCUCCUCCAACGUGGGGCCUGCUAUCUUCUACGCCAUUGACAACAUCAUGGGGAAGGGAACCGCCCGCAAGACAAGACGGUACGCGGAAGUUUUGUUUGUUUUCAUCACAGAUGGCGUCACUGACACCCGGAACCUGGACGAGGCGGUCAGCGCCAUGCGUGGGGCAAAGGUUGUUUCUGUAGUGUUGGCCACAGGAAAUGACGUUAACCAACAAGUCCUGACAAAGCUGGUCAUGGGUGACCAGGCCGCCAUCUUUAAAAGUAAAGACUUCUCAGGUCAGGCUCGAUCCAGUUGGUUUGACCGUUUCUACCAUUGGGUAUGUUAAAGAAAGACAUCAGGGACGCUGACGCCGUAUUGGUGCUAAUGCUCUUAAUCAGGUAUUUUAAGCAAGAGAUAGCAGUCAAGUAUGUUUCUGCUUCACGUUCCUAGUGAAAAUCACAGCAUCACUCUACUGCACUAUUCAACUCCAGACUUUUGAUACAAACACACCAUUCAAGUUGAGCAACUUUUACUAUUGAGCUUAUGAUUUUGUUUAAUAAAUCUACUAAGACAAUGAAGAGCUGUUUUUUUUUUUUUUUUUUGGUGUCAGAAAAGGACGCUAAUGCACUGCAAUUUUAAGACAUGAAGAAGACAUGAAAAACAUGGAGUAUAAAACAAACACCACCAAUAAAAACCCUGAACUUACAAUUACUUAUAUACUGAUGUUAACUUUGCACUUUGCGGUUAGAAAGAGUCUUUGCGUGGGAGGGGGAACAAUGGACAGCUGAUUUGGUUUGGACUGAGGGAUCACAUUCUUCUCAUUGCUCUGUGUGUCCACAGCAAAGCCUCCCUUCUUACAUCAUGUCCAGCUGCACAGGAAGAGAGUAAAAGGAGGCGUUAAGGCUGGGGAGUUGGUGUCGGGUCUCUUUAGGCCAGACCCAUCAUCAAGCAUUAGGAGGAAAUGGCUUUAACAUGAGCAGUAAAAAAUAUUGAAAAGAAACUUACCAAGUCGUCAAAGUCGCCUGUAUCUUCAGCUGGUGGGGGUGCAGCUGCCUCCUCCUUUUUCUCUUCAGAAACAAGAAACUGAAGACAAAACAGACUUAGGUCAGGAGAUCUGUCUUAUUAUGGCCAAAGUUACAAAAAUAAUCAUUUUGCCCCAGCAGAUUUAAAAGGAGCGUUUUGCCUUAAGUCACCUGAUUGGCUUCACUUUUGGAAACUUUGCAUCCUUCAACUUCGUCCUUGCUGAUCAAAGUUACGCCGUCUGUCAGUCAAGCAGUGAGAGUCAUUUAAAAGACAGAGCUAUUUAAAGGAGACUGUGAUUCAGCCUCCUUUUUUGGUUGUGUUUACAUAUUUGAGACUCCAGCUAUUGUUUGGAAACUUCAUCACUUCUCGAGGGAAGAGCAAUUUGCAAACAAUUCUGCAGCCCAGUGGUAAAGAGGCUUAUCGCACCUUGAACAAGCAGGUCCCAGAAGACCCCCAGCCCUCUGUUUGGGAUGCUCCUUUUCAGGGAUUGGAGGUAGCUAUUGUACAAAUCUGCAUUCUCGAGCUGAAAUUAAAAAAAAAAAAAACAGAAAACUUCAAAACCUUUUUGAGUCUCUGAGAAGCCCACAUCUACAUACAGGCACUUAAACAGACUCGCAUAAGUACUGGCCCCGGUUCAAGUCGUGAGAAAUGAAACAGACUCUUCGUAAUCUCAAAUUGACUCAUAAUCUCCACUGCAGAGCCAAAACUUUGUGUUCUUCUUUGUGAAAAUCCUUUUAAAGAAGCACCUAAACAGACCACCACCCACCUCCGGCCUUACAUCACCACACACUCCCAAACCUGAAGAUAGUGACUGUAUGUUUACCUUAAUCGACUGCUCCCUGAAAGCCUGAAUGCAGGUGAUGCUUUUCAUGUAGUAGUGCGUGUUCUUGUUGCUAAGCAACUGCUCGAUCCUGUGAGUCAGUUGCUGACAGGCUGGGAAGGACACGGGGGUCACCACAACCAAACAAAGAGAUAAACACAAUUACAAGGGCUGAACAUGAGUCAUGAGGGUUUAUAAUACCACCAGGAGAAAAUGUUUAUCAGACCAGCAUGCCAGAGGAGCGAGGAAGAUUAAAACUGGACCUCACCCUCUCCAAAUGGAAGAGUCUUCUGCUUGAUGAGAGUACGGAAAUCUCGGGCUGGAUCCACACUUCCCACCUGGUUCAGAGUUUAAAAUUAUUAAGUGAAGGAGUAAUGCUGUGUUAAGACUAUUCAAACAAGGGGGACUUUAUCUAAUUCAAUAUUGGUGAUGUUUAUCCAAAGUUAUUAUCUCUCAAGGAUGAUUUUGCCACCCAGCCUCCCUUGCUACUUACUGAAGUAACAGAGCCUUCGGCAAUGUCAGCCAGAUUAUACUCCCCCUCCUCUUCAUCUCCUUUGGCCUUCUUGGCAUCUGGUUCCUCUGAGCUGUAAAUGACAAAAAAAGGCCAGUUUAAGUACAAAAAUCAUUCAAAAGACUCUGUUAAACCUCUCGCACAUUACACAGAAAAUGACUCACAGGUGUAUGAGUAUUAACAAACUUAAAGGGAUAUUUCAGUGUAAAUUUAAGUUAUGGUCAAACACACCGGAACACAGAGUUAUAUAUCUCCUCGAGAGAUGAAUGUUGCUGACAGCUUGCUUCUCUAGUUAUACCAACUUCAGCUUGUUUGUGGGAAAGCCCUGACCAGUCGAUCACCGAGUGCAGCAGAUCAUUUUCUUGAAGUAAUAAUCCUCAUAAUAAUCAUUUUGCACUGCAGACACAGAAGUUCUUCGGCCUCAGUGUCUCGGUCUGAUUGUAUUUCCAUGAAGUAAUAAUCAUACAUUUUCAGCGGCACUCAGUGAUCGACUCAUCAGGGCUCCCCCACAAACAAGCGGCUGCUGGAAGAGAGUGGGUGAGUUGUGUUUAGUCUCUUUGCGAAAGACAGUAGGCAAAGUUAAAAAAGAUGUUUGAUGGUUAGUGCUAUGGCUGGGACCCUAUAUGUACUGUUGAUGAAGUUAGGUGCUGUUCUCAGCAUUAUUUGUGGCUAUAGAGUGGCUUUUUGGUUGAGGUUUGUUUAUGGCUCCUCAGGCCGUUGUGUAUUGCUAUCAUGUGGUCGUUACAAAAGUUGGUGUAACUCGAGAACCAAGCGGUUGGCAACAUUCAUCUCUCAAUGGGGUGUGUAACUCGGUGUUACGGUGUGUUUGACCAUAACUUAAAUUUAUGCCAGAAUAUCCCUUUAAAUGGCAAUUCUAUUCCACCUCAAUACAAAACCAAACUUACUCUUUGCCAAAGAUCUGAGCACUCGUCUUAAGCUGCUUUUUCUUCUCCACCUCUGUGAGAGGAAACUGCUUCUUCACAUCCCCUAGAGGAGCCUUGCAACGUUCACUGAUGACUUCAGGACGCUCGAGAGCAGCCUUUAGCCAUGGCUCCAUGGCGGGAAGAGGAGUGUCAGGGUUCAAUGCCCGAUGGUGCAGACACUGCAAGAAGAGUUUUUUUUUUGUGUGUGAUUGAGCUGAGAAUUAAACGCAUAUCUUCAUAAGUACACCGCCCACCCUAAGUCGGACAAAUCAAAGGAGUUCUGUAACUUUGAAAUCCAAGCUGAACUGCAGUACCUGGAAGUGCCUCUGGAAGGCAGGAUUGGGAAUUUGAUGAACCUUGAACAGGUCCUUCUUCUCUCCAUCUUCUUCCUCCUCCACCAGCAUCAUGGAGUCAAUGAGAGAGUCCACAGCUGACAGUUGGGAUUCUUGGGAAAAUCAUACAGAGACCAUUAAAAUCCAAGCUGUCAUUGUUUCUGUCAUGUAAUUACUAUCAGCACAGCCGGUGUGAUCCAGUCUGCAAACACUAAAAAGGGUUGGGUUAUCAUGGGACCAGAAUAUAUAUAUAAUCAGGUUUAAGUGCUUGUAAGAGUCUCUAUCUGCAGACAAUCUGCCCUCCGUCCGUCGUGAUGGGUAUAUGAAAAAUGGCUUACAUAAUCAGGUUGAAGUGCUUGUAAGAGUCUCUAUCUGCAGACAAUCUGCCCUCCGUCCGUCGUGAUGGGUAUAUGAUUUCCUGAUCAAACAACAGUGUUUGGGACAUUUUUGUGUGUGAGUCGUCGUCUGCUGGUCAGGACAUAAAAAACACAGCGAUCAGGUGAUAUCACUGUCUCCCUCCUCUGUGCUCUGUUAACAACAGAGCCCGGAUGACUUCAUCAGUGUAGAUGAUUGCCAAUUGUAAAUGAGAGCUGUUAUUGUUGUGGCUAUUUCAGAGCUGCAGGUAUGACAGAGAGUACAAGGACACAUAGUAUGCAAGAUGAAGCAGAUCUGCAUUUAGACUAAAUCCAGCUCAUUCGAGCUCAUUUGUGUGGAGAUGUGGAUGUGUUUGUCAGUUCAUUAGAGUUCAACUGUAUUAGUAACUGUGAAUACACUUUCCUGCUCAACUGCUCCUGCCUUUCUCUCAUAGCAGCAUUUGGUUAAAAAUAUAACUGCAAACUCCAGUUUUUCUACAGCUAAGGUACUUUCAAUCCUAUCCUGACACUGCAGUCUGAGAGCACAUCCAAAAGCACCAAAAUCUGCCACAGUCAUGUCUACCAAAAACCCAAAGGAUGCGUGUGCGCCUCGUUCUGGUUCAGCUCUGUCUAAAGGGCAUACCCUGCCCUGCUGGGAGCAUGUUUGAAGUGUAACUCAAACAGAGUGCAGCCUGGAGCGGUUGUACUCAGUAAACAGAUAACAACACUAACUACAGGUCGUUUUGCAUAUCGGUGGUUCAUUUACAAUUCAUCUGGGUUAUAUUCAAUGGUUGGAGUUCCUCUGACACUGGUGAGCAUACUAUGCGAUUACAACAUUUAGUUUCGUGCAGGUUUUAUUGUUUUUAGUAUCCAUAAAGAUGUUUCACUUUGUUGCGCUGUUACCUACAGACAAAGUUAGCUGCUCAGAGUCCUGUUGUAGUUGGCAUGGAUCUCAUACAAGCCAUGUGGUUGUUUUGUGUAAACAAUAGAUCAAUCAUCAAUACAGGAUCUGAUAUACAGUGCCCAGCAUAAGUCAGUGCACCCCCUAUUGAAAGUAAUGUAUUACUCAAUAUCUAGAUGAGCAAAAGUACAAUUUCCAAAGUUUUGACAGGUUUUGCUCCCAGAACUUUGAUUGGGGUGUACUCAUUUUUGCAUCCUGAUUUUAAAUUGAAAAAAAUACAUACUUUUUUUGUAUGUAACUUAAAAAAUCUUGUUUGCAAUCAAUGGCCUACGUUUGGGGGUGUAUUUUGUUGUAAAGUCUGACAUAGAAAAUGUUGAUUUUGAAAGGAAACUAAAUGUUUUCUGACAACUCUAAAGGGGUGAACUCAUUUAUGCUGAGCACUGUAUGGUCUGAUGUACGGCCAAGAUAAGAAAACGGUCAUCUCUGUGUUUGAAAGAAUGUCCCUGUCAAACUCUGUUCUGUGCCGGGUGCAGGCUCUGUCAUCAGUUUUAAAGCGGACCUUCCUGAGACGGGCAUGAACUCACAAUCUUGAAAACACAGAAGAACUUCCUGACACUCCAGGGAGGUUUAUUUCGGUUCUGGCUGAAGUUCAGGGUCAAUCUGUCACACUUGCCUGUGUUUAUGGAUUUUGUGUCUAAUCUAGAAUUCCUUCCUGGCACAGAGAAUAAACUGUUUCUGUCAGAUUGAUUUCUUUGUCUCUCUUUGUUGAUGACCAUCUUCUUCAGGCUUUGUCUUCAGUUGUUUUGAUGUUGGUUGUAAAAUUAUAAAAAUGUGAAAAAAUAAUAGUAGUUUGGUCAUUAAAAGAAAAAACUUGCCAAGUGAGGUGGUGGGCAUCAAAAAUGGUUUGGUAAGAUCCAACCAGUCAAAAUCGUACCUGAUGGAGUAAACUUUUUGUUGUUCUCAAGAGAUGGAAAUGUAAACAGUCUGAGGUCCUCCAUGAAGGGCAGCUGGACGUACAUUAAGCACUGUUGAGGUUGAACGAAGGAUCAUUAUCUCUUUGCUCAUUUCCUCACAGAUUCAGUCGAUUAACAUUAUUCUCUGUGAUCUCACCUCAUAGUUCUGCUUCACACAAGGAAACGCUGCUCCUACUUGAGGGUUGCUGACCUUGUUGUAGGCGUAACGUACAAUAGCGACCAUUUCAAGUUCAUCAAGCGCUCGAAUUAAAGAUGACAGAGCAACUGCUGCAUGCUGCUCCAAGAAAACAGGAAACAAAAACCUGUCAGCAACAGCACAGAGCCUGCAUCAACAUGAAUCCAGUUAUUUUAUUACCACCUCGUCAUCCUUGGCAGGAAAAAUCUUCAUGACUUGAUUCCC